CUCGUCUCGCAUCUUCGAGAUUCGCUUCCGCCCGUCCCAGCGGCUUUCUUCAGGACAGACACGGCGGUCUUGCCCACCAACAUAAUUGCGAUUAACAGACAUCUCCUAUCGCGAUCACACGACCAUUGGCGUACCCUGCAAUGGACAAUACCACCAUCUUCACCUCGCCAUUGGCGAAUGUGAACUAUGGCGCUAUCAAUAUACCUCCUCAGAUCGAGCUCGUUGUUGAUGCCAUCUCCCGCGUCACAUUCUGGGGCGCCUUCUGGACCGUCCUGGCAAUUGCCGUGGUCUACGACCAGCUGAGCUAUAUCAGAAACAAGGGCACGAUCGUCGGACCUGCGAUGAAGAUACCGUUCAUGGGACCGUUCCUCGAAUCUGUGAACCCCAAGUUCGAAGAAUAUCAGGCAAAAUGGGCCAGUGGAGAGCUCAGCUGUGUCUCCGUCUUCCACAAGUUUGUUGUCAUCGCCUCGACCCGCGACAUGGCGCGCAAGGUCCUUAACUCGCCGGCAUUCGUCAAACCCUGCGUCGUCGAUGUCGCUUCGAAGCUCCUGGGUGAGGACAACUGGGUGUUCCUGGACGGCAAGGCUCACGUCGACUUCCGCAAGGGUCUGAACGGUCUCUUCGCGCGCUCGAUCCUGGACAACUACCUGCCCGGCCAGGAAGAAGUGUACAACCGAUACUUCAAGAAGUGGCUCCAAAUGACCAAGGACGCCGAGGGCAAGCCCUUGCCGUUCAUGCACCAGUUCCGUGAGAUUGUCACCGCUGUGUCUCUGCGGACUUUCUGUGGAUACUACAUCUCGGACGAGGCCGUCAAGAAGAUCGCCGACGACUACUACAUGAUCACGGAGGCUCUGGAGUUGGUCAACUUCCCUAUCAUCCUCCCAUACACCAAGACCUGGUACGGCAAGAAGGCUGCGGAUAUGGUCCUGGCGGAGUUUGCCAAGGCCGCCGCCAAGAGCAAGGUCCGCAUGGCAGCCGGAGGCGAAGUUCUGUGCAUCAUGGAUGGUUGGACCAAGGCCAUGCUCGACUCGGAACGAUGGCGAGAGGCCGAGGCCAAGGGCGAGAACAUGGAGGGCAAGACGAAGCCAACGCCUCUGAUCCGCAUGUUCAACGACUACGAAAUCGGGCAGACCAUUUUCACGUUCUUGUUCGCGUCUCAGGACGCCACCAGCAGCGCCGCCACCUGGCUGUUCCAGAUUAUGGCUCAGCGGCCCGAGAUUCUCGACCGGAUCAGGGAGGAGAACUACAAGGUUCGCAACGGCGAUAUUUGGGCGCCGGUCAACAUGGAUCAGCUCGAGUCGCUCAAGUACACACGUGCGGUGGUCAAGGAGCUCCUCAGAUAUCGUCCCCCUGUCAUCAUGAUCCCGUAUGAGGCCAAGAAGGAUUUCCCCGUCUCAGACACUUAUACCGUUCGCAAGGGCUCCAUGAUCAUCCCCUCUGUCUACCCAUCGUUGAGAGAUCCCGAAAUCUACGAGAACCCAGAUGAGUUCAACCCUGAGCGGUUCUACACCGGUGAUGCCGAGGAGAAGGGCGCAAAGAACUGGCUGGUCUUCGGUACAGGCCCUCACUACUGCAUUGGGCAGCACUACGCCAUGCUCAACCUCGCCCUGAUGGUCGGCAAGGGCUCGCUACUGCUGGACUGGAAGCACCACGCCACACCCCUCUCCGAGGAGAUCAAGGUGUUUGCUACAAUCUUCCCCAAGGAUGACUGCCCCUUGACCUUUGAGAAGAGAAAGUGGUAAAAACUCGGCUGAUGAGCGCCGCCAGGAGGCCUGCCAGAGCCUGGCGCAUUGCCCAGUCUUUUGGGCGUGAAGUGACAGGAUAGACAAGCCUGAAGCCGCAGAAGCAGCAUCAGCAUAGUAGAUGUGCUAAGCACAAUUUUUAAUACCUAAUUUGUAUAUAGUUCUGCUAUUGGACUGGACCAAUUGAGAAGCAGGCGUGGAGGGCGCUGAGGGAGUGCUUCUAGAGGAUGAUAGCCUCACGCCAACUGCUUAAGAGGGAUGCACGAUGAUAGAAUCGAGAGAGAGAGAAUGGAAGGCGAUGAAAAAGUGCAAGACUAGUCUAC